AUGAACCAGAGAGAAGUGGCAGCCUGGACCUACAAUUACAGUACCAACGCAUACUCAUGGAAUUUCUCCCGGAACUUCUGCCAGAAGUACUUCACAGAUUUAGUGGCCAUCCAGAAUAAAAAUGAGAUUGCUUACCUCAAUGACAUCAUACCUUACUAUAGCUCUUACUACUGGAUCGGGAUCCGAAAGAUCAAUAAUAACUGGACCUGGGUGGGAACCAAAAAGACUCUCACGAAGGAGGCUGAGAAUUGGGCUGACAACGAGCCCAACAACAAGAAGAACAACCAGGACUGCGUGGAAAUCUACAUCAAGAGUUUGUCGGCCCCCGGCAAGUGGAAUGAUGAGCCGUGCUGGAGAAGGAAGCGGGCAUUGUGCUAUACAGCCUCGUGCCAGGAAACGUCCUGCAGCGAAAAAGGAGAGUGCAUCGAGACCAUCGGCAGCUACACUUGCUCCUGCUCCCAGGGCUUCUACGGGCCGGAGUGUGAACACGUCAGAGAGUGCGGAGAACCUGAGCUCCCUCAACACGUGCUCAUGAGCUGUCACCACCCUCUGGGAAGCUUCUCCUUCAAGUCACAGUGCAGCUUCCACUGUGCCCCAGGGUACACACUGCGUGGACCCCACAAGCUGGAGUGUUUGGCUUCUGGAAUCUGGACCGAUAAGCCCCCACAGUGUGAAGCCACCCGGUGCCCACCCCUGAGGGCUCCUGAGCGAGGCAACAUGACCUGUCUCCAUACUGCAGAGGCUGCCCCGCACCAGCCCAGCUGCCGCUUCAGCUGUGACGAGGGGUCUGCACUGGUUGGGCCAGAGGUGGUGCAGUGCAUGGCCUCGGGGGAGUGGACAGCCUCAGCCCCGGUGUGCAAAACUAGAUGGAUACACCUGUGCAAAGGCAACUCCGUGGACCGUGUUCACCCCUUUGCUGCCUUUGCGUAUGGUUCCAGCUGUAAAUUAAAGUGUAGACCUGGCUGUGCAGUGCGGGUGGGACACUUUGCUGCACCCUUGCCAGCCUGUGAGGUUGUUGAGUGUGAGCCGCUGGGGAGUCCUGCCCAUGGAAGCGUGGAUUGUUCCCGGUCCUCGAGAGCAUUUCAGUACAACACCAGCUGUAGCUUCCGCUGUGCCGAGGGUUUCGUGCUGAGAGGAGCUGACACAGUUCGGUGUGCCGAUGUGGGACAGUGGACAGCGCCAGCCCCAGUCUGUCAAGCUUUGCACUGCCAGGAUCCUCCAGCUCCAAAAGGGGCCCAAGUGCACUGCUUCGGCCCCUUUGGUGCCUCCAGAUACCAGUCUACCUGCAGCUUCACCUGUGACGAGGGCUUAGUCCUGGUGGGAGCAGGCGAGCUACGAUGUCUGGCUGCCGGGAACUGGAGCGCCGCUGCUCCAGAAUGCCAAGCCGUUGCCUGCACACCACUGCUAAGCCCUCGGAAUGGGACAAUGACCUGUGUUCAACCUCUGGGAGAUUCCAGUCUUAAGUCUACAUGCCAAUUCACCUGUAAUGCGGGAUUCUCUUUAUCUGGACCAGAAAGAUUGGAUUGUACUCCAUCCGGACACUGGACAGGUUCCCCGCCAGUGUGUGAAGCUGUCAAAUGCUCCAAGCUGCACAUUAUUGAGCCAAUACUGAUGAACUGCUCCAACCCUUGGGGAAAUUUCAGCUAUGGAUCAGCCUGCACCUUCCAUUGUCCAGCAGGUCAGCUGCUUAAUGGCUCAGUAAAAACAGCAUGUCAAGAGAAUGGCCAGUGGUCGACUACAAUGCCAACCUGCCAAGCGGGACCACUGACUGUCCAGGAAGCCCUGACAUACUUUGGUGGAGCAGUGGCCUCUCUGACAGGUUUGGCGAUGGGCUGGACACUCCUGGCUCUGCUAAGAAAGCGUUUCAAACGAAAAGAUGAUGGGGAAAGCCCUUUGAACCCUCAAAGCCACCUGGGAACAUAUGGAGUUUUUACAAAUGCUGCAUUUGACCCGAGCCCUUAA